GUGUUGCAUAUGUAUGUGGGGAUUAUUGUGAGGUGUACACGAUGAGAAAAUUAUUUCUAUUGGAUAUUUUUGUUAAAAUUGUAAUUUGCUGUAACUGUAAAUCAAAAAUUUAUUCUCAGGACAUGGUAUGGAUAUUGGUUUUCAUUGUUGCUUUAUUACCAGCCCAUUACACUUUGGAAUACGAUGACAUAGAUAUUCUUACGAAUUAUGAUGUCCAAUUCGCCGCUAUAUCUCAGAACAAUCAGCUACCCAAAGCAAAGCAAGGCUUCAGUUCUGGCAGCAGCUUGAGAAGCAUAGCCGAAGGAAGUUCUAAUGCUGCUAAUGACGCUGUUAACAAUCAAGAUGCCGCCGGUCAUCAGGCUGCUUAUGUGGCCAAAAACACUCUGGCACAGUCAGCUGCAGCUGCAUCCGCUACUGCACAAGCCGCUUUAGCAGGAAAACAGAUUUUGCUUCAAGGGUUGGAACAACAGUACAGAGAUUCUCAAACGGCUCUUAUGGGAGAAAAGCAACAACUAAUGCAGGCGCAACGAUCGGCCGACCAAACGAACCGAGCAGCAAUGGAAGCCAGGCAACACGUCCAGGUCCUGCAGAACACCCUGAACGCCGCCCAAGCUGCCGCAGAUCACGUCACCCAAGCUGCCAACGAAGCCGCCGGUGAGUUAGCUGCGCAGCAGGCGAUGGUGGGGUCCGCGAUGGACCGGCUGGAGCAGAUAGGAAAGCAACUGGCGGCCGUACGGAUCGACUUCCAGGCCACGCAGGCGGCCGCCCAGAAGGCGCAAGCUUCGGCCCAGGCGGCGGCGGCGAACGCGGCGGCCGCCGCCGCAGCCGCUGCGGCAGAUCUGGCUAAGAACGCCGGGAAGAUACCGCUUCCUCCUCCGCCACCUCCGCCGCCAGCGCCCAAGCCCGACAAGAGCGGAGGCGGCGGUAACGGGGGUGGAAAGAAGGGAGGUGGUGGCCAUCAAGGAGGAGGAUCUGCUGGAGGCAAAUCGUCGAAAUACAGCGCCGACGGCAGUGACUACGAUCAAAAUUCUUUCUACCACCCUCUGUUUUACGAUGAAAGUUAA